CAUAUCCUCCUUUUGUGUAGUACUGUGUAAAGCACGCAAGAGGCAUGCAGGAUCAAAAACCCUCCAACAUUUGAGUCAACUUAGCAUCAUAAAGUAGUACCUACUAGCUUUUUCUCCAAGGGAUUUACGCGGAAAAGAACACGAAUUUGCACCAGAAAAAGGGCUGAUGAGGGGCAAAGGCAAGGGGAAGAAGAAGACGGUCGUAAACAAAGAAGAAAAUGCGGAAAGCUGGUGCUUCGUUUGCAAAGACGGUGGAGUUCUUAUCAUAUGUGAUCACGCGGGAUGUCGAAAAUCUUAUCACCCUUCUUGCUUGAAGAAUGAUGACUUGGUUGUAGGAAGUGAAGCCAAAUUUAUUUGUGAUUGGCAUACUUGCUCAAUUUGCUGUAAAAGGUCCAGCAGCCUUCACUGUUAUACCUGCACACGUGCAGUUUGCCGACGCUGCCUUCACCAUCUAGAAGUUUUCCAAGUUAAAGGAAAAUAUGGAUUCUGCAAGCACUGUCUGAAACUUUCUCUACUUAUUGAAGGCGACAAAGAUUAUGACUCUGAUGGGGAAAAGGUGGAUUUUGAAGACUUGAAUACACUUGAGGGUUUAUUUUGGGAAUAUUAUAUGAUCAUCAAGAAAGAAGAAGGAUUAGAGCUUCAGGAUCUUUAUGCUGCAAAAGAUGGGGUGAAGACUAUGAAUAUAUCCGAAUCUAGCUCAGAAGAACAUUACGAAGAAGAUGAGAUAUCUGAUUAUGAUGGUGCAGAGCAUGUUAAAAAAAGCAGGAGAACAUCCAGUGAAAAGAGAUCUGGGAGAAAGAAGCUUGGUUUCCAGAUACCCAUGAAAUUAAGUAAAAAUGAUUUUAUUGGCUGGGGCUCAAGAGCCCUUAUUGACUUUCUCAGUUCAAUUGGUAAAAGCACUGACGAACAAUUGUCUCAUAGUGAUGUGACUUCAAUUGUGUAUAUUUACGUAAAAGAAAAUAAACUAAUGCGUCCAGAGAAGAGAAAGAUGAUAUCAUGUGAUGCUCUUUUACAGUCUCUUUUCAGGAAGAAAACAAUAACUAAGAAUAAAGUGCAUGAGCUUUUGAGGGACCAUUUUGCAGAGUACCAUGAUGAAUCAGAAGAAGAUGUGAUGGGAUAUGAUUCAGAGGAUGAAAAUGCAGGCAUUUCAGAUGUAUGUAAGAAACAAAGAAAACUCAACACAGAGAGAAAAUCUCCCGACAAAGAGAUAGCAGAUGAUGUGCCACUGGGUUGUUUUGCAUCCCUUGUAGGAGAAAAUGUAAAACUUGUGUACUUGAGGAGGAGCUUGCUAAUUCAAUUGCUGAAACAGCCUAAAUCGUUUGCAGAAAAAGUUGUUGGAUGCUUCGUUCGUGUUAAGUCUGAUCCUUAUGAUUAUUCUUCAUGGAAUUCUCAUCAACUAAUGCAAGUUAGAGGUGUGAAAAGAGAUUCAGCUUGUCAAAAUAAUAUGGAGGCAGAGGCCAUCCUUCUAAUCUCAGCUAUGCCUGGAGAAAUUAGCACGAGUCAGCUUUCAGAUGAUGAUUUCUCUGAGGAAGAAUGUGAAGACUUGAGACGAAAAGUAUUAGCAGGUCAGCUUGAAAGGCCUACAGUGGAGGAUCUUCAACAGAAAGCCAAUAUUCUUCAUGAGGAUCUGACGAAGCAUUGGAUAGUUAAAGAGUUGGCCUUGCUGAAAAAUCUCAUUGAUCGAGCCAAUGAGAAAGGGUGGAGACGCGAACUUUACGAGUACCUUGAGAAGAAAAGUAGACUAGAAACUCCAUCCGAAGUAUCAAAAUUGCUGGCAAGUGUUCCUAGAGUGAUUCCCGAUCGACAUGAGCUUCAUUGCAAUCCCCAAGAUAUUGUAAAUGACAUGAGCAUUGAGAAAGACUCCCCUAAAUCAAACCUCGAAUGUAAUUCCCCUGUUACUAAUCAUGGAUGGCAGGAUUACAAAGAAUCAGAAGAGAAGACUCGCCAUUGCAAUCCAUCCCCUCCAGCAAGAAAGGAAUCCAUAUUCAAAGAGCCUGACUCCGUGCCUGAGGCUGACAAUAUGACCAGCAGAAAGGCAUCGCAACCCACUGCUGAGCCGAGACAAAAUAAGCUGGGGGGAGAAGAAUUGAAAAUGUGCUCCCAGAUGACGACCCCUCAUGAGCAGGCAACAAGAACCGGCCGCAAGGCUUUGGACAUGGCUGUUGUUGAGGUACUGAAUGAUGUUGGGGGUGGCGAACCUAUACUUGUUCAGGAAGAUGAGAAUACUGAUGACUCAGAAUGGUGCCUUGAAACCCCAACUGGCGAGCGGAGGAAGUUCCGGUUGUCUGUGUUGAAAACUUGGAGCCAGACCUGCCUGUAUGCGUCCAAAUUCAAGGUGUGGAGGGAAGGUGAGAAUGAAAAUACUGCAGUUUGGUUGUUUGAUGCCUUUCCAAAGAAAUAGGAGUAGCACUUUGGACCAACACUUUUACCUUUUCUCUCUUACAAUUACAAGAUGAACAACUCUGUGUGAAUAGUAUCUAUUACCGCAAGAUGGAUUUAGCUCCCUUCUAACUUGAUGGAUUUUUGGUUCGAAAAUUUUUGUUUUUCUGCAUUUUUGCAUCAUAAAGGGAAACAAUCUGA